AUGAAGCCUGUGGGUUUUGGGGUAACCCACAAUUGGGUAAAGAAGAGCAUUUUCUGGGAGCUGCCAUAUUGGCACACUUUGUUGAUCCGACACAACCUUGAUGUAAUGCAUAUUGAAAAGAAUGUGUUUGACAAUAUCUUUCACACCAUCAUGGACACCCCAAAAUCGAAGGACAACGUAAAAGCAAGGAAAGACAUUGAAGAAUACUGCAAUCGACCGGAGUUGUAUGUGAGGGAGGAACGGAAUAAAAUAUUUAAACCAAAAGCUUCUUAUUCAUUGAACAAACAACAAGUAGGAAAGGUGUGCCAAUGGUUGAAGAAGUUGAAAUUCCCAGACGGCUAUGCUUCUAACCUAGGUGCAUUAGUAAACGUCGAAGAUGRUAGUUUUUAUGGCUUCAAAAGUCAUGACUGUCAUGUGUUCAUGCAAAGGCUGCUACCUCUUUCUAUAAAAGGGAUGGUACCGACUCCAAUAUGGGAUGCUAUCACUGAGUUGUGCACAUUCUUUCGUGCAAUAUGCUCAAAGGUGUUACACAUUGACGACUUGGUUCAAUUGCAGACAAGUAUAGUGGAAACUAUCUGYAAGUUGGAAAGAGUCUUCCCACCGGGAUUCUUUGAUUCCAUGGAACACCUUGUGGUACAUUUGGCACGUGAGGCAAUAGUUGGAGGUCCGGUUCAAUAUCGAUGGAUGUAUCUCUAUGAGAGACGUCUAGGGUCGUUGAAAAGGACAGUGAGAAACAGAUCAAGGGAAGAAGGGUUAAUUGUAGAAGCAUAUUUGGUUAAUGAAMUAUCUACCUACUGCUCGCUGUAUUUUGGAACAACGGUGGAGACACGUUUGAACCGUGAGCCUCGAAAUUUUGCCCCCGAUUGUUCGUCUUCAGACCGACGGUUAAGUAUAUUUAAAAYUCCGUGUCGAGGAUUAUUUAAUAAAGGCGGAGCGCAUGUUAAUCUAUCRGAUGAAGAUAUGCACAAAGCUCACACCUACAUUUUACUGAAUUGUGAAGAAGUUUUUCCGUUCAUAGAUAUCUUCAAUACGAAGGUUAUGUCUCGGUCAGACCCUGCUUCAGAACUUGUUAGGAUUUUGGCAUACAAACAGUUACGUACGGUUUGGACACACCCGGGGUUAUUCAUAAACGGUUACAAGUUCCACACGCUAACUCAUGGUAGAAAUCGCACCACACAUAAUAGUGGAGUAUGCGUGAGAGGGUCUUGUUACUCAGAUUCCGAGGCCGACUACUAUGGCUUGUUGGAUGAAGUCCUCGAUAUAGAAUAUCAUGGGUAUGAGCUCGUUAACGGCGUCCGAGUUGACCCAAAACAUAAUAUCGUGGACGUCAAACAUAGAUCAAGGCUUCGUUCAGACGACCCGUUCAUCCUAGCAUCACAAGCUGAACAAGUCUAUUAUGUACAAUAUCCAUCGAAUUUAUUAAAAGAUUGGUGGUCUGUGGUGAAGACAACACCAAGAGGGGUCUAUGACUUAGCAUCGAGUACCCCUGAAGUCCGGUCGGAUGAUGAAAAUAUAGACGAUGAACAGUUUUUCCAGGAAAAUGAACGAAUAACCCAACAUGAGGGAAACGAAGAUGUUYAAGAACCAAUCCAGCUUGUCACAGKGGAAGACGACAUCRAAGUUGCYAACGAUCGUCGCGACAACUGGCAUGUUGAUGAGAGUAGUGACAAAGAAGAGGAGUUCCAAUACUCGGAUAGUGACUCUGAGGACGAAGAACUUGACUUGUCUGAUCACUCAUCAGAUGAUUAG